AUGGAUAGGAAUACGUCCCACUGUGGAGAUAUCGAUGGAGGUGACCUGCGCCCUGAGGGUAGGUCUGCUGGUCUUGGUGGCUGGGGUUAUGGCAGCAAUCAUCCCCAUGCCAUGGAAUUUGAAUGUCAGGAGUGUUCUUCAUCAGGGUUGGAUGUGUUUGGUGGCUAUCAGUAUCUCUUCUACCAUGGUAAUGAUGGUAUAUACAGGACAUUCUCUGCCACACGUGCACUCUGUCAAAGCUUAGGGGGUGACAUGCCAAUCAUCACAUCAGCUGAACAAAAUGAUUUCAUAGCUGGGAAAUUAUUAACAUAUAGUAAUAGAGGAAACUAUUACAUCGGCUUAGAAGACAUUAUUGAGGGUGGUACAUACAGAUGGAUUGAUGGAACGGCCCUUGGGUACACCAACUGGGAUUCUCCUCUAUAUACCGACCCGAACCAACCACCACCUUACUGUGCUGUGAUGAGGUCUCAAUCGAGCCUCACUGACCCAGUACAUGGACGAUGGAACCGAGUAACGUGCACAUCAGAAAGACGACAUAUCUGCCAAAUACCUAUCGACGUUGGCUGUAGAUGGCAAGAGCUCGGUGAAUCUCAGUAUCUCAUCAAGUUCACACCACGUGCAACGCCAAAUGAUGCCAGGGAAACAUGUCAAAGUUAUGGUGGUGAUUUGGCUAUCAUCAAGACAGCCGAAGUCAACAUGGGUAAUGAAGUAAAUGCAGCUUGGUUGUCAGCUUAG